AUGGGGAACAAGCCAUCCAGUUCGGCGGGUUCUGAAGACCGACUAAAAAAAUUUUACGAUUCACAGUUUGAAGAGCAGUUGGCACUACGGAAUAUAAUUGAAACACAAAAACGCGCUGUUCAGGCAACAGAAAAACGGCAUGCCGCCGUUUGGGAAAGUUUACUGGCAAUCGCUUCUUCGGCAAUUGUAUUAGCAGUUAGCUACAAAAUGAAGCGGCCCGAAUUCGCUCUCCCAAUCGUUCCACUCGUGAUGGCCGCAGGGUUCCACGCGGAUACGGCAUUUGGUGAAGCCCAAACUAUGAUCCAAGAAAAAGCUGAGCAAAUCUACAACAAUGAGCGACAACGAAUAGAAUGGCCGGGCGGUGCGAUCACAUUACGAGAAAUCGACCAAUGUGUGGCAAAGGCAAAUUUA